AUGGGUAACGAUGGAGGUUCCAUUCCCAAGCGCCGCGAACUUGUCAAGGAGGCCGCUCGCGCGCUGACCGUCAGCGAACUCAAAGCCAACGCCCUCGAAUCGCUCGGCCAUGCGUGGACGCACGACACUGUCACAAACGAGCCUCUCGACGACAACGUUGUGUCAGACUGGCGCGGUCGCCUCUACAAUUACGAGACUAUUCUCAACGGUCUGAUGCCCUCCGACGACACCACACCGCCGAGCGCCGAUUCCAAAGAAGUCACAUUCGCCUCGACAGGCAUCAAGUCACUACGCGACAUCGUCAAGCUGAAGUUCCACUCGCCGGCCGGAGCGAAGAAAGCUACAUGGACAUGCCCAAUCUCUCUCAAGGAGCUGGGGCCGUCGGUUAAGGCGGUCUACAUCGUGCCCUGCGGCCACGUCUUCGCCGAGGUGGCCAUCAAGGAGAUCCAGGAUCAGGAGUCGACAUGUCCGGAGUGCAGCGAGCCGUUCAAGAGCCGAGAUGUGGUGCCGAUACUGCCGACGGACGAGGGCGACUUGAAGAAGAUGACGGAGCGGAUGGACGACCUCAUUACCUCCGGCUUGACGCACAGUCUGAAGAAGGAGAAGAAGGCCAAGGGCAAGAAUAAGCGCAAGGCGGACGGAGACGCCAAGGAGGAGGGCGACGGCGAAGGAGAGAAGCAAAAGGCGGCAGAAAACAUUUCGAAGAGGAAGAAGGACGACAGGACGAGCAACAUCAACAACCCAAUGGCUGCAUCAUUAACCGCGAAGGUCAUGGCGGAGCAAGCUGAGCUUAGCAAACGGAGGAAGGUGCAGGUCGGCUGA